AAAAUCAUCUGACGUAACAUUGAACAAGUAUAGAAUUUGGCAUGGGAAGCAUUGUUCAAUGAAUUUAAAAAUGUCAACCUAAUCAAAAUUGAUAAACAUCUGUUAUAGUUACUAAAUUCACCCUAAUCAUUCUAAUCGUAGUUUUAUUUCAUUCGUUGUACAAAAUUAAUUAGCAUUUUCUCGUGUUCGGAAAUUGAGAUAAUUAUAACUAUAAUCAAUUAUUGUCUUACAAGCGUCUCUGACGGAAGGAAUUUAAAUGCGCAAGUGCAAAGUUGGAUUUACAACAUGGUGGAACGCAGGAAAGGCCGAAAACGCAAAGAUGAAAUUUCAAGUUUAGAUAGCGAAAUAACUCAGGAUAAGCCAUCUAAAGAAGAAUAUGCUGUAGCCAAAUGGAUUCGUAAUAAUGUACCUUCCAAAAAGACUAAAUUUGAUAGAAAUCAUAAUGUGGAAUACUUUACGGGUACGCGUGCAGUUGAUGCACUGCUGGAAAGCUCACCCUGGAGCAAGACCAGAUUUGAGACUCGUGAACAGGUUACCAAGUUUCUCGACACGAUGUUGAGGCAUAAGUUUUUCCACAGGGCUAAGAAAGUAGUCAUUUCUGAAGAGGAACUUUGUAAAAUCCGAGGUAUUAAGAAAAAAGUUAAGGAACCGAAGGAAGAGAAAAAAUCUAAUGAAAAAGACAAGGAUAAAGAGAAGGAAAAGGAUAAGGAAAAAGAUAAAGAGAAAGAAAAAGAAAAGGAAAAGGAAAAAGAAGAUUCUAAGGAUAAUAAAGAUGUUACGAACAAGAAUGGCGAAGAUAAAUCUGAUGAACGUAAAGAGACCAAGAAAAAACCAAAAGUACGACUUGAAAUGCAUAUGGAACAAUACUUCGUAGAUUGUAAUGAUGCUUACGUUUGGAUUUAUGAACCGAUACCCGUGUAUUAUUGGUUUUUUGGUACCUUGGUUGUAUUAGGAGCAAUUGGACUUUGUUUAUUCCCAUUAUGGCCCGUAACCAUUCGUCAAGGAGUAUAUUAUUCAAGCGUAGGAGCAGCUGGAUUGCUUGUAUUCAUCCUUGCAUUAACUAUUAUUAGAAUGAUUGUAUUCUGUCUUCUUUGGGUGCCCACUCUGGGAAGGUGUCAUUUUUGGUUGUUACCCAAUUUAAUAGCGGAUGUUGGCUUUUUUGCAUCAUUCUGGCCAUUGUACCAGUAUGAAUAUUAUGGCGCUUCAAAUGAAAGUGAUAAAAGAAGUUGUAAAAAGAAAAAGAAGAAAGAUAAAGAUUCUGAUACAGAAGAAACACCUAGUACAUCAAACGAAGAUAGAUCUAAUAUGGAAGAAUCACCAAAGGAUGAAACAAGCAGAAUUGAAGAAAUUUCUAAUGAAGAUACUAAGAAAGUUUCUGCUAGUGAAUCUGUAGAAGGUUCUGAAGGUAGCGAAGAAGGUUCGGAAAGUGAGAAAUCAAAUACAGGUCGUGAUUUUGUGAUGGUAUAAAACAUAUAUUGUGACAUUAAUUAUCUCCAUGUUCAUUUGAACAAGUAAAAUUAAUUUGAUAAUUAAUCGUUAAAAUUGAAAUAUGCUUUUACAUAUAUAAAUUAUUUUACUGCAUAAUUGUCAAAAUUAGCAGAUUAUUAUAAUUCAUUUGGUAAAAGGGGAAAUAGGUAUUAAUGUCAAAGUACCAUGGAAAAAAAAUAGUGAAAAUAUCUUCUGACGUACAAUCUAUUUCUUAAUAGAUAUUUAUUUAUAUAUCUAUAAGAAAACAUAUAUCAAACGGAUAUAAUUGUACCAGAAACUCUGCAUUUUAUGCAUUUAGGAUAUUGCAGUUGGACGAAUAAUAAAAAAUUUGUCUGCAUUUUGUACGAAGAGAA